AUGGCAGACGUCGUAUCUCUUCGAACAGAAAUUAAAGCUUGGGAACGUGAUUUCAAGUCAAAGUUCUCCAGAGAUCCUUCUGUUCAGGAUAUUAAAGAUCAACCUGCUAUAGCUGACAAGUACAAGUUAUAUAAGAAACUAUCCAAAGCAGUAGCAGCAGCUGCCUGCCUCUCUCAGACCCCCACCACUCCACCGAAAUCUACUGCUCACCCAAGUCGCUCCCGUAUUAUUUCUAAGCCGCGCGAAGUCGAAGUCGUAGCUCCUCUUCCAGGCUUCAAUCCGUUCUCACCAGUGAAGAAUAAAGGCAAGCAGAGGUAUUCCCCUCCUGCAUCCUCAUUUUCAACUCGAAAGGCACCUUUACCAAAUUCUUUCGCGACUCCGUCCAAGAAUAUACCAAACCGUUCCUCCCGGCGCGAAUCCUCAGAUAAUUUUCCAGAAGGACAGCCAGAUUUGUCAAUUGGUACACCUCUCAACUCCCAAUUACCUCCUGCGCGAAACACGGCAGUCUCGCGCGCACGAAAGAGACUUCGCGGUGAACCCGUCUCGCCCUCGCCCAAUAAGCAGAAACGUCAACGUAUCGGUUCUCAUUCGGCUUUACCCUUCCGAUUAUCACAUUUGUCUAGCGAUGAUGAAAGUGAUAGGGUAAUGGGUGGCCCGGAUGUCAACAACUCUUUUGUGGAUGAUUCUCCCGUAAAACUACCGGCAGGCGGCAAGUCAUUUAGGCUCCUCUUCGAAGACACACUACCAACUGCAAGUGUACCUAAGAGGCCUGCAAACAUGUCCAAGUCACAUUCACGAGGUUCGGACGAUGCUGUAAUCUCACACGGUGUCGAUUCGAAUGAUGCCACGAGCCUCGAAGCAUCUCCGGCCAAUGCCCAUAAAGAUUCUAGACGCUCGAAAAGCCGCCAAGAUAAUCAGAAAUCAAAGGCAGAUACAAAACCUACUUUGAUGUCAAAAUUCAUCAAGAAAGAUGAGUUUCCCAGUGCUGAAGGCCGGGUCAACCAGUCGAGAUCGCGUACAAUUACUGCAGAGAAACGAAUGCACAUCAAGUCCCAGGAACCAAAGUUGUCGCUCAAGCGUGUUUUGGAGGUCGUGUCAGUGAUUGAUGGACUGACAUCAACUUCUUCUCCACAGUUCCCCUUACUUCCGCCAUCUCCCACUUCUGAAGCGGCCUCUUCAAAUCGACGUGUUGCAGCAAACGGACAAGGAAAAGCCGGAACGAGCCGAAAAAAGGCCAGGGUUGCAGAUGAGGAGGAUGAGGAGGAUGACGAAGACGGUUUAGACGAGCUUGCUGUUAAAGUCAUCAAUCGGACCCAGGCAGCACAGCAAGUGUUGGAAAAUGCGGAAGAGCUUGACUGGGAUCCAAUAUUACAUGGCGGUGCCCGUGACCGCGAUCAAUAUGCCGCGGCUGGCGACACGAGCCGUGACGAAAAGGGAACGUUUCAUGUUGAUUUACCUGAAGAGCUCCGCCUCAUGUUGGCCAUUUCACCAUCAAGAACCCGCAACAGCAAGGAGGAGCGUGUCUUCCGCGGUUUACUUUACGGUGAUCGUGUUGGCCAUUAUGACGCGUCGAGAGGUGGGGAUAUAUGGGAUAUCGGUGAAGCGGAAGAUGUCACCCGAGAUAGUACCGAGGGGGAAGAUGAUUGGGAAGGCGAGCCUAUACCAUGGGAAGUCGGAGAGUUGUAG